UGUUUGAUUCCAUGCCUCAAUGCAAUGCUGCAUCAUGGAGUGCGACACUCUCGGCUUAUGCUCGCAAUGGACAGCCCAGUGGAGCGUUUCGUGUGCUUCACGAGAUGAUGGCGGCCGGCAUGGCUGUGGAUCAAGGGUGCUUCGUCUCCGUGUUCAUUGCUUGCAGCCACACUGGGAAGUCCACCACGGGAAGGCGCUGCUUCGACGUGAUGGUGUGCGAUUGCGGGAUUGCGGCCACGAGAGAGCACUACUGCUGCCUGGUUGACAUGCUGGGGCGUGCCGGGCAUGUCCAAGACGCCAAGGAUUUGAUACAAAGCAUGCCAUUUGAGCCGGACGGCUUCCAAUGGAGAUGCUUGCUAAACAGCGCAAAAUCAAGUGGCUGGUCCAAGGUUCAAGCCCAGCCUCCAACGCUUAAUCCGUUUCCUCGGCAGCCAUUGGCUGGUAUUUUGCCGCGAAUGCGUCCCAUUGGCUAACCAGAUCCGGGGCCUCUAUCUACCACACAUUUUUUUCCUACUUUUUUUCGAUCAGAAUCCUGCGAAGCUAGGAGAGCCGAGGAGAGAGGUGAGAGGAGAGAUGGCCGUGGCAAGCACAAGCGCAGCCAGCGCCGCAAUUUCGCAGCUCGCGAGCUCCUCGUUUGUGAGCGGGAGCAACGCCCUCCUGUCGCACUGCCCCAGCAAUGGAGCCCGAGUCAUGGCGAUGGCCACCAGGAAGAUAUCCGCCAAGCCGGCAUCCGGCAAGAAGUCGUGGCUUCCCGGGGUGAGAGGAGGUGGCGACCUGGUGGAUCCCGAGUGGCUGGAUGGAUCGCUCCCUGGCGACUAUGGUUUUGAUCCCCUUGGGCUGGGCAAGGACCCGGCCUUCCUCAAGUGGUACAGAGAAGCGGAGCUCAUCCACGGGAGGUGGGCGAUGGCGGCGGUGGUGGGCAUCUUCGUGGGUCAGGCGUGGUCUGGAAUCCCAUGGUUCGAGGCUGGUGCUGCGCCGGGUGCCGUGGCCCCCUUCUCGUUUGGCAGCCUGCUGGGGACGCAGCUCCUGCUCAUGGGCUGGGUGGAGUCCAAGAGGUACGUGGAUUUCUUCGAGCCCAACACGCAGGCGGUGGAGUGGGCAACGCCCUGGUCGCGAACGGCCGUCAACUUUGCAAACUCGACCGGGCUGCAAGGCUAUCCCGGCGGCAAGUUCUUUGAUCCGCUGCGGCUAGCCGGGAGCAUGAAGGGCGGGGACUACGUUCCCGACUUUGACAAGCUCCAGAGGCUUCAGCUUGCCGAGAUCAAGCACGCCAGACUCGCCAUGGUCGCCAUGCUUAUCUUCUACUUUGAGGCGGGACAGGGCUUGACACCUCUUGGUGCUCUUGGCUUGUAAACAUCAAAGUGAUUGCUGUGGCAUCGUCACUUCUUUCGUCUCGUGGUGUUCUACUCUACUAGACUAUAUACAACUUCAUGGUAGAUUGGAAUCACAGCAAUGUGGGCGAGGCAUUCCUAGUGUCAGAGACAUCGAAAAGAAAGAACGAGAAUGUUGUAGCCUAGCUUCUACUGCUCUCUGUUUAAAACCAUUCAUUCGUGAGGUAAUAUAAUUUCACUCGAUUCUUGGA